AUGAUUGGUUACAAUUCCCCUGGACCAGAAGCUGGUGGCUUAAGACUCGAAGAACAACUCAACAGGGUUUUAAAAACAAGUGGUAGUUUAAUGAAGCGAAGUCAGGGGAAUAGGGUGGACAAAGGCCUCAGUUUGGCGGCGAGAAGCCGAAGCAACGUGCAGAAACGCCUUGUCAUGGGGGAGGUUGGCAUCUCAAACGGUACGCACCAAACAAAAUGGUAUCGUAAGCCCACUAAUAAGGACAUCUUAGUUCACUUUCUUCCUGCUCAUCCACCUCAAAUGAAGAAAGCUGUGAUUAACAGCAUGAUUCGCACGGCAGGAACCGUUUGUAGUGGACCUGAGGACAGAAAGGAAUCGUUAACUUUGGCUCACGAAAUUGCUAACUACAAAAAUCUAAUGAUUAUGAAAUGCGAACGUCUGGAACGAGACGAUACCAAAGUGAACGAGCACGGCAUUCGGAAAACCCCACCACAGAUAAGAUACCUUUCUGCUUUUCUUAUAUCUCCGAUGAAAUGA